AUGCCCAAACCAAAGCGCGUCGCCAUAAUCGGCGCCGGCCCCUCCGGCCUCGCAAUGGCCAAAACACUCUUACAGAACUUCCCACAAGGAACAUUCAGCCCGGUUAUAUUCGAGAAGAAGCACCGGAUCGGCGGUCUCUGGGCUGUUGAUUAUCCCUCGUCUAUACCGGGUUCAUCUUCAACUUCAACUUCAACUUCAACUUCAAAUUCAACAUCAACCCUGGCAGCCGGCGUUCCUUCCUCUGAAUAUAGAUCCCGAGGCUUCGUGGACCCGUGGAUGAAGACGAAUCUGAGUCGCUUCUCAGUUGCGUUUUCUGAUCUGUCGUGGGAGACGGCACUUGGUUGUUCGGAGGUCCCUGUUUUCCCGUGUGCGUGGGAGGUGCGUAGGUAUUUGGAGAAGUAUGCUGAGGUUUAUAUUCCUCGUGAAUGUUUGAGGUUGGGGAGGAGGGUUUUGAAGGUGAUACGGUGCGAGGAGGGUAAUGCUAGGGCUAGGAUGGGGUGGAAGGUUUCUUGGACGGAUGAUCAGGAGAGCGAAGCGGCUCGUGUAUCUGGCUUGCAAGAUUCAAGAGUACAGACGGAUGAGUUUGAUUUCCUUGUCGUGGCAUCAGGCCACUUUGGGACUCCCAGUUUUCCAAAUAUACCCGGACUCGAGGGCUUCCCCCGUACAGUCCACAGCUCGAACCUGCAGAACCCAGACGAUAUACGCGGUCUACUCGGGAAUUCACCUAAAGGAAAGCUAGUUGUCAUAGGCGGAAGCAUGUCAGGCGUCGAGGCCGCAAGCUCGCUUGCCCUUCACAUCUCCUCUUUGGACUUCACCCCUGGCUCUGCUUCUCAAGCUGGGAAAGAUUAUGAAGUGUGGCAUGUCGGUUCUGGGCCGUUUUGGGUACUUCCUACUUACCUGCCACAUCAAUAUGCGGGUGAUUAUUCUGAAAAAGACUCGAUACCGUUUGUGCCGCUUGAUUUAUCUCUGUAUGAUUUGGGUCGGCGGCCACCCGGCAUGAGUGAGCUUGCUUUUGGACCUGUCUCCCCGGAACAAAUCUCGAAGAGAAACCAAUUCUUCCGGGACAUGCUUGGAAAGAAUUAUGGCGAAUUCGGCGGCAUUAACAUCACUGAUGGUCAAGGGAAAGAGAAUGAGCGGCCCCCGUGGGUGGGCAUAGCCGACUACUACGCCGAGUAUAUUCGAUCCGAAGCAAUUAAAACCGUGGCAGGUAGAGCCUGUUCAGUGGCCUCUCCACAGCCUGAGAAAAGAACAAUUGACAUUCAGACCCCUACCGGAAUGACAUCCCUUACCGACGUUGCCGCAAUAGUGGUAGCAACAGGAUUCAAACCCUCUGAUUCCCUCUCAUUCCUACCGCAAGACAUCCUGUCAACCCUCGAAUACUCCAAAAACGACCACUUCCUCCCACUUAUUCUAGACAACUGGAGCAGCGCGCACAGCGAGAUCCCAGAUCUAGGCUUCGUCGGGUUCUACCGAGGCGCGUUCUGGGGUCCUGCCGAGCUACAAGCGCAGAAUCUAGCUCAGACCUGGGCCAAGGUCGACUUGGAAAGUGAAACUCCGGCCUCCUUACCAGCUGAAGAACAGCGUUCAAGAGCUGCAGAGAGGCAGAAGGUUCGUGAAUUUAGGGAUUUCAAGCCUGCGGCACUUCGUGGACAGUUCCCUUUAGGCGAUUAUGUGGGGUUAAUGAGGUCGCUUGCUCGGGGAGUGAACCGUGCCAGGCUUCCUAUUGAGAUAGGUCGGGGUGGAGGUGUCCAGCCAGCAGGUCCUGUUGUUCCUGCUCGAUACCCGCCAUAUCCCACUGGACGAGACACUCAGGUGAGGAAUACUUCGCAGGGAGAAGUGGAUAUAACAAUGAAGGUUUUGAACAGUACUCUUUCUGCAGAGCUUGGCCAAGCCUGUGUGGGUACGGAAGCGGCAGUUUUCCGGGCAUUGCACGGCCAGUGGAAUUUUGAGAGAGUGCAGACUCAUGCGGAUGCGCACGAAGUUGUAUCAUCGGGGAGGGUAACCUUCCAUCCUCGCUAUCCAUCCUGUUCAGGCUACGGAGCGGAGUAUCUCUGUGAGGAAAUGAAAGGCGACUCAAUGACUUCAACGUCAGUCUACCGCCUGUGUGACACAUCCAGACACCCAAAUCAAGCUGCGAUAAGCGUUUGGUCUGUUGAUGAAGAGAUAUCUCCAAAUGCAGCUGGUGAGCUGGUGUCGGAGCUGCAUCUUGGCCCGGUAGGGAAGGUGUUAGGUUCAGGGGAAAUUCUCAUUGAAGCCAAGAACACCAAUGAAUCUCCAACGCAUAUAUACAAGUUCUACUUCGACCGCGUGGCUAUCACGCGCUGGUCCCAUCUGGUUUGUCAACAAGGGGACGGGGUGAAUCGGUAUACGACGCAGUAUAGCCGACCCGCGGAUGCAUGA